AUGCAGACGCUCCUCAAUGUUGUGGGUGAGGCGGCGACGUGGGCCGGGCUUACCUUCAAGCCGUCGAAGUGUGCCACGCUUCACAUCCGCCGUCGGCAGACACUAGGCUCGGUAUUCGCCCUGCAAGGGGGAGAACCAGCCGUGCUCGGUGCGGGUGACGCCUACCUCCAUCUUGGCGUUCCCACCGGGUACAAAGUCUCGCAGACGCCAACGGAUGCGAUCGCGGCAAUUCGACGUGACUUGCAGCACCUGGACGCUUCCCUGCUGGCUCCCUGGCAGAAGAUUGACGCUGUGCGUGUCUUCCUCCUCCCUAGGCUUGACUUUGUCAUGCGGGGCGGAGCGGUACGCAAGGAGCCGCUAUCUGCACUCGACAAGGCAGUGAAAGCGGCUGUCAAAUCAUGGCUCUUCCUUCCACAGCGUGCGUCCACUGAACAGCUGUACCUCGCGCUGGGAGAGGGAGGAUGCGGCCUGACGCCGCUCGCGGACGCUGCGGUCAUCUCGACGAUCGUCCACGGCUUCCGCAUGCUGCACUGCGACGACGCCACCGUCCGCGACAUCGCCUGGGCCACUCUAUCUACGGCCGCGCGCCGCCGACUGAGGAGGGAGCCGAGUCGACCCGACUUGGCCACCUACCUGAGCGGCAGCACUGAGGGUGACCUCGUGGAGGUCAACGGCCGACCCGCCAUCGCUGACGACGCGGAACACGGCGGCAUCGGAGGGGUGACGCAGCCGGCCACGGAGGGGGCGGCGCCUGGGACUACACGACACCUCGAAGAUGGCGGCGAUGGACCGCAGCACGAUGAUGGCAGCGUGGGACGCACCGCCAACACUGGCGUCGAGCAUGUCCGGGUGGGAGGGGGCGCCAAACGUCUUCUCUCGCGGACGCUCCGCGAGUGUCUGAGGCAGCGCCUGCCCAACCUCCUACUCAGAAAACCUGACCAGGGGAAGGUAUUCGAGUGCACCAGGGAGUCCACAGCGUCCAACCACUUCAUGGCGGGAGGCAAAUACACUCGCUUCGCAGACUGGCGCUUCAUUCACCGCGCCAGGCUCGGAGUCGUGCCUCUGAACGGUUGUCGCCGCUUCGAUGGGCGGGCAAACAACAACAAAGCCUGCCGACGCUGUGGCCACAACAAUGAGACGCUCCCACACGUGAUCAACGCGUCUAUGGUGCACUCAGCAGCCCUGCAGUAUCGCCACAACGCGGUCCUCAACCGCCUCGCGGCAGCAGUCGCUGGACGGCCAAGAAGAGGAAACACUGCUGUUCCUGACAUCAGGAUCAACCAAGCUGUCAUAGGGGACAGCAGUGGGCUGCGUCCGGACCUCGUAAUAACUGACGAGGCCGCGAAGACUGUGACCAUCGUCGAUGUGACGAUCCCCUUCGAGAAUAGGCGGAUUGCGCUCGACAACGCUCAGCAACUGAAGAAGAUAAAGUACGCCGACGUUGCGCGCGGAUUAGCCACUCGCGGCUAUUCCGUUACUGUCGACGCCCUGGUUGUCGGCAGUCUGGGGGCGUGGGACCGCCAGAACGAUGCAGUGCUCCGGCACCUAGGCAUCGCUAGCCGCUACUGCCAACUGAUGCGGCGGCUGAUGGUUUCUGACACCAUCAAGUGGUCCCGCGACAUUAAUAUGGAACACAUUAUUGGCUACCGCCAGUAUGUGUCCCCCUAG